AUGGCAUCUCGUACUACUAGAAUAGCUUUGCGAAAUAUUCCACGAUUGAUCCAACAAUCGCAGCGCAAUGGCGCCCAUUUCUCAUUUUUCCCGUCCGAAAUGAAGCCGGAAAUAGCCAGUGGUCCAACCGAGAAAAUGAACGUCUGCCAAGCUGUGAAUAGUGCUUUACAUGUCGCUAUGGAAACGGACAAAACGGCAGUACUUUUUGGUGAAGACGUUGCAUUUGGUGGUGUGUUUAGGUGUUCCGUCGGGUUGAAAGACAAGUACGGCGCAGAUAGAGUGUUCAACACUCCUUUGUGUGAACAAGGUAUUGUCGGUUUUGGCAUAGGUGUAGCUGUAGGGCGAAGUAACGCGAUACUGAAAUACCAUUAG